CCCCCCACCGAGUCGAGUGGAAAUGUCGACUCUGAUUUGAAAUCGAAGUACAUUGGCUUGCUCCGUGUAAGCAAGCUCCAGGCUCUGGACCCAAACUACCAGGGCGUGAGGGCCUUUUCCGAUGUGUUCGCCUUCACCCAGGCCUACUUUGAGCAUGGGCUCGAUCGGGACUGGGGCAUGGUCGAAAGCGCUAUCCGCAACAACGAUGAUGCGACCGUAGAACGUCUGAUGGAGCAGGUAAUCAGCAAGGUCUUCUCCACGAUGGAGCUAGCUCAGCAUAGGCAUUUCAUGACUGGUCUCAACAAGAUGUGCAGCCGUGAUCUCAAGGUCUUUCUCGACUACAUUAGUAUGGAAGGCGAAAGCAAGGUAAAGUACCCUUGGACCACGAGGCAGUGGAGGGCACUCAGGAGCCCGCGCCUUUUCGAAGACUGGGCGAGGUCCAUUAUCAUGAACAACAAGGUCAAGAUUGGCCGGUUCUUGGGAUUUUUUGUCAAGUCCACCGACAUUAACAUUGUCGACAAACCCAAAAUUGAAGUGUAUCCCGGCUGGCUUGUCAACUUCCUAUCAACCGGAGCGAGCCUGGUCGCAAGCAUUUUCUUCGGGGCACCUUUCGUGGUCUUGGCAUCCGAGGCUUUUGCGCGAUGGGUAAACAUCGUCAUCAUUGUCGCCUGGGUACUCAUAUUCCUUGUGUUUCUCAUCUGGUGGGGCGUUGACUCGUCGCGCAUGUUCUUAUACGUGUUGGCUUACACGACCAUGCUAGCAAACAUCAAUGUUGCGGGCGACUAA